GCCAACUUGAGCCAAGCCGACUUUUUCCUCCUCAUCCUCCUCUUCUUCUUCUUCUUCUUCUUCUUCUUCUUCUUCUUCUUCUUCUUUUUGUCAUAUCUCACCGGUGGCCAUGACGGGGGGCGACGAAGAACGAGGCAGUCGGCGAAGAGCAAUGGCAGCGGCAAAGGCUAAAGGACCUGCAGUGCCUGUUGUUGACAAGCCUGAAUCGAGUACGCGAAAGACGACAUCUGCAUUGGCUACUUCAGUUGGCGGGGGAAAGGAGCCCACCCCUGGAACCGACGCAAGCUUGUUCCAGGGGAAGAGUGAGGCGGAUCAUGUUGCGCUGCGAAAGAAAAACAAGGAAGGUUUGGAAGAUCCGCAAACAGACAAGCCCCAGCCACCGCCUGUUGCAGGGCGGGCAGUUGCCGGCAUUGCAAACAUGCUCGCCGAUGCACUUGAUGAGGCUGUCGACGCUGGAGGUGCAGCGGAGGGCGGAGGCGGUGAGGAAGGGCAAGGGUCAACAGCACGAACGAUUAGCUUGAGACAGACCACUAUGCGACGUUGGGUGGACAAUGUGGCGCAGAAAAAGCUGGACAUUGCGUGGGCGGAGGCCACGUUCAGGGCUGGCAUUGCUUUCAAUUUCUUGAACAUGGACAGGACUCAGACGUUGCAUGCCGUUUCCCUGGAGGUAGCGAACGCGAGGCCGAAGGUGAAGCUACCAUCAUACAACUACAUGAGGACGAUCAUGCUGGACAUCAUCUACUUGAAGAUCCAAAAGGAGGUGAACCCGAUGACGAGGUGUUGGGACUCGACUGGAUGCACGUUCAUCACUGACGGGUCAAUUGAGCGCAAGAGUCGGCCAGUGAUGAACUUCUUGGCGGCGGGGGAACAAGGGGUGGUGCUCGUGACGACGGUGACAAUGAGUGGCAGGAAGAAGAAUGCAGUGGCGUUGGCGAAGUUGUGGGAGCAGGUAACGAGGGAGAUUGGACUGCAACGCAUCAACGCGAUCUGCACCGACAACGCCGAAGUUAACAAGAAGGCGGCGCAGAUCCUAGAACGACGCAAGGACAAGGACGUGGCGAGAAUUUUGUGGGUUCCUUGCGGGGCACACUGCUGCAGUCUCCUUCUCAAGGAUUUGGCCAACCUGUUGUGGAUCAAGGGCACAGUGAUAACCGCGAACACAAUCAUCAAGUUCAUCCGGAAUCAUCACGCCACACACGACUUGAUGAUGACCGUCGAUGACUCGUUGUCCUUACUUCACAGAGAGGAUGUUAUUGUCACGAUGGUGGAUGGGAGGGCGGCGUCAAAGUGGAGAGCAUUGAGAUGGUUAGGGAAGAAGUUGCGCAGGAGAGCCGACCUCGUGUACUACACAGUGAGGUCAGAGGCAUGGUGGCCGCAGGUGAGGAAGAUUGUGGACAUCAUGCACCCGAUCUUCCAGUUGCUGAAGAGAAUGGACGCAGAAGGCACGCCUCCCACCAAUCUUGUUGAGUACGAUGAUAUGAUUCGGCGGAAAUUGACGAACGUGGUGCUGAUGCAGAAGGAGCGGGAGGAUGUCAUGGAAAAGAUUGGGGGUGAGUGGAACAGCGAGGAACAUUCUGACUUGUGGGCGGAGUUGAUGGAGUUCCAAAAAGAGUCCGCGAGGGUUGCGACGGAGCAAGUGUGCACGGAGCCCGGGAAAGCUAUGAAGAAGCGCAAGGAUGAGCAAAUGUGGAAACAACCGGUGGUGGACAUGGAUGUCCCAACACUUCAGGCAAUUGCAAUCAAGGUCAUGGGGAUGUGGAGCACUGCAACCCCCGCUGAGCACAACUGGGCCUCUAUGGACUUUGUCCACACGAAGAGACGAAACAGUUUGUCCCCAACAUCCCUCGAGAAGCUCGUGUACAUACACUGGAACAUGCAGUUGCUGCGAGCUCGACACCACAAGGACAGCGGGUUCGUUGAUGUCUGGGGUUCAUUCUUCGAGCCAAUCAUGGAGCCAAAACAGAAUGACGGGUUGACGCUGGCGACCGACACUCAGGAUGCUGCUGAAAAAGAGGAUGAGGAAACGAGGCAAAGAAACAUGGCGAAGGCUCCAAAAAACAGGAUCCCCCAAAACCUUCUCGAUUCCGACACUAGUGACAGCAGCGACCUCGAGGAUACGGUGUGGAAGGGGAAGUGCUGGAAUGAGUCAUCAUCGGAGGACUGUGGCGAGGACGAGGACUCCGAUUUCGAGCUCAGUGUGGUGCCUGCAGUCCCAGCGACCACGUAUGUCGGCAGGCGAACCAGGCCACAGGACGGGGAGCUCGAGCUUGAGCCUAAGCCGGUCGUCGAGAGAGUGGACACGGACGUAGAGUUUUUGUUGCACCGCUACGAUGACCCGGACGAGGAACCUGUGCGAAGGAGAUGGCGGACACGGAUUGUGAACUUGUGGAGAGGCGGAUCGCUGAGGAGGAGGCCCGUCGUGCAGCGAUCCCUACACGCAGGGAGAGCGAGAGGAAUGCCGCACAACAGGAAAAGCGCGGGGGCGGGGCCCUGAAGGAAAUGGACGGGAAUGUCCAGCCUGCCGUGGAGAAGGGCGAGCAGCAGCAAGGGGAGCCUGCACACGCAG